AUAUUCGUGAGAUACUGAGUGUUCUGGCGGUCAGCAUUGGCUGCUUUAUACAUGGGACUAGUUUUGUUUGGCCGAUCGUUCUACCAAAGAUAAUCAGUGAUUCCAACUCUUCUCUGGCCAACGUGACCGGCAGCGGGUAUACAGGAUACUCAAUAGAUCCAACCACUGAUGUUUCAUGGAUAGUUAGUAUUUUGGUGUUUGGAAACUUUUUGGGAGGAGUCAUCAGUGCACCACUUAGUAAUACUUUAGGACGUAGGCUGACCUUGAUGCUGGGAGUUGGGGGUAUCUUCGGUCUGUCUUAUAUCCUAGUUUUAACAGCUGUACAGGUUAGCAUGCUGUAUUUGGCUCGAGUUCUCAUGGGAAUAGGAUUAGGAAUAUCUACUUCAGUUUCUACCGUCUAUAUACAGGAUAUAGCUAGCCCUAAGAUCCGUGGCAGUUUAGGGGCUAUACCUUCCGUAGCAGGGGCCCUUGGAGUAUUCUCAUUUCAGAUUCUGAAUGCAUUUAUAACCUGGCGUCAGCUGAAUGUGCUUGGCGCCACCCUAAGUAUUCCAUUAAUCCUGGCGCUAAGCUUCCUUCCCGAGAGUCCAGUUUUUCUAGUUUCCAGGCAAAAAUUGAAAGCUGCAGAAAAGGCUUUGCGAGCUCUAAGAGGUCCAAAUUAUGAUGUACAAAGUGAACUAAAAAGUUUGCAGGCUAGACAAGAUAAAUCAGGAAAAUCUACCAAGAGUAGAAUGUCUUUCGCAGUUCUUAAAGAUAAAGAGGUUUUAAAACGUGUUUUUAUCAGCUGGAUGCUACUUAUCUUAUUAAAUGCUUCAGGUGUUGGUUUGGUAAUGAGUUAUACAGUUCAAAUCUUCCAAUCUGUGAAUAGUUCAGUAGAUGAGUUCGUUGCUACAAUAUAUGUCGGAAGUGCACUUCUAGCAAGCAAUGUUGCUACAGUUUUACUAGCUCAUAAGUUACCUCGAAGAAUUAUGAUGAUGGUAUCUUCUCUUGGUAUUUCUGCAACAUUAGCUAUUCUUGGUUUAUCCUACCAGCUGCAGGACUGGGAGAAACAAUGUAUUGAACUAGGAAAAAUAAGUGCUGAAGGAUGUAGUUACGGAAACCUGGGCUGGUUACCCCUGUGUACCCUGAUGAUCUAUAUAUUUGUUUUCAAUCUUGGUAUCGGAGCAAUGGUCUUCAUCACAAUGGCAGAGAUACUUCCCCCGCAUGCCAGGGAGAUAGGGAUGAGUCUUUGUAUUGCGUUGUCGAGUCCUACAGCCUUUCUUGUUCAGUACUCCUUCCCCUACCUCCUACAGGAGCUUAAGGGACAAGGAGUUUUCUGGUUAUAUUCAUCCCUAUCUCUAGCAGGAUUCGUUUUCAUCACGUUCAUGAUUCCUGAGACCCAGGGUAAAACUGAUCAACAGAUUCAACAACAGAUGCAAUCAAAUCAAUCAGAUAAACUGAACCAGGAAUCUACAGUAUCCAUUGCAGAUCAAAAAGUGGUGCAAAAAUCUACAGUUUAAAUCAGAAACUGGUGCAAAAUUCCCCACUUUAAUCAGAAACGUGCCGAAGUCCCCAGUUAAAUCAGAUACUGGUUCAAAAGUCCCAAGUUAAAUCAGAUACUGGUUCAAAAGUCCACAGUUAAAUCAGAUACUGGUUCAAAGUUCCCAGUUAAAUGAGAAAGUAGUGCAAAAAUCCCCAAUUUAAAUCAGAAACUGGUGCAAAAGGUCCCAAUUUAAACUAGAAAUUCGUGCAAAAGUCCCCAAUUUAUACCAGAAAUUGGUGCAAAAGUCCUUAUAUUUUAAUCAGAAAGUGGUGCAAAAAUCUCCACUUUAGAUCAGAUACUGGUGCAAAAGUCCCCAGUUUAGAUAAAAAAAAUUGGUGGAAAAAUCUUUAGUUAUAAUCAUAAAAUGGUACAAAAGUCUCCAGUUCAGAUCAGAAAGUGGUGUAAAAAUCUCCAAUUUAAAUCAUAAAGUGGUGCAAAAUCUCAUGUUUAAACUGCAAAAAUCUCUUAUUCUCAUUCACAAUCGUUGCAAAAUAUCAUUGUUAAUAUAUAGGCAUACAAUCAAUGGUUUAGAUUUGAUUUUAUCUCGACAUGGAAGCUUUCUGAGGGCAAUCUUUCAAUUUUAUUAUUUAGAAACUGACUUUGAAAUAAUUUGCAACCUGAGGGCAAUCUUUCAAUUUUAUUAUUUAGAAACUGACUUUGAAAUAAUUUGCAACUUAGAAAUUACGGUCUCUGAAUCAAUAAAUGAAUAUUUUUUUAUAACCCCCAUUUUUAGGGCGGAAAAAUUGAACCGUUGUCUAUUUAUAUAUUAUCAAAGUUAUAUUUUUUGAAAAUCUCUCAAACAGAUUUUUCAAAAUCAAUUUUUUUACAUUUUGAUAAAGAAAAAAUUCUAAAACAUUUAAUUUUGAAAACAACGAGACUGAUAUUCCACUAUUCAAGCUUCUUUUUAAAAUAUGGCUGUGCACAACAAAUCGUACAGAGAGUUCCAAAAAAAAUCAAUUCGCAAUCAUUAAAAAGUCACUUUUUUACUUUGUUUUAGAUCGUUAAAGUUCGUCCCUUUUUUCUUUAGCCACUAUUUCUUUUUCACUGAUGGUAUACACCACUGAUCAAAGAUACAAUUUUGAAUUAAUUUAAAUUUAAAUUUGUGAAUUAUUUUUACCAACAUUGAUCAUACCAAAGAAAAGAACAGAUAACAGAUAAGAAAUAAGAAAUAAGAAGAACAGAUAAAAAAUGUCAAAUUUUCAUCAAACAUGGAGCACUGGAGCCAAAUUCAACUUAAAUUUAACUAAGUUAAAUUUUGCUCCGUUGCUCCAACAAAAUGUAUUUGAAGUUUGACAUUUCUUAAAAAGCAAACUUCAAAAAAAAAACUUGUUUGGAACACCUUUUAGUAUAUACUGUACCUUUUUAUACAGGGUAAUAAACAUGGGAAUUAA